AUGGAUUUAAUCGCCUCUCGACAAAUGCAUCCAUCUGUCAGCUGGAUUACCCUACUAGCGAGCAACUUGAAUCUUGAUUCAAUCACUCCAAACUCGAACAGCGAAGUCGGUCAUCCUCUUCAUGAUUUCUCCGUACGUAUGCCAUAUUUCCUUUUAAUCAAGUUUUCUCCUUCAUUGAUAUGGAUGCUUUGGGAACGGAAAUCUACUCAAGCAUUGAUGUCUGGUCCAGUCGGCCUCGUUUCAAUCGGCUGCGGCCUCGACCAAUUGCUAACUUCUUUCAGCUAUCCCGUAAGCUCAUUUUAUUAA